AUGGUCGAUCCUGAAAAUUUAAAUCAAAAAAUCUCCAAGGCAAGAAUAUCUUUGUCUGGUUUAACGUGUGCUAGUUGCGUACGAUCUAUUGAAGGCGCAUUAAGAAAACUUCCUGGUUUAACUCCUUCAAUUAACGUAAAUUUAUUAACGAGUAAUGCAAUACUUAACUUUGACGAAAAUAAAAUAAGCAUUGAACGAAUUAAACAAGCUAUCUUGGACGUUGGUUAUGACGUUGAAGAUAUUAAAGUUGAAACAGAAUCGCUUCCCAUAACACAAAGAGCCAUCAACAUAAAUUCAAAUAAAAACAAUGAGUAUAAAAUUCCUUUUGAAAACUUAGAUUCUUCAACUCAAGACAAGAAUUCAAUUCGCGAGGCAACAACAAAAUUAAUUGUUGGUGGUAUGACGUGUGCCUCUUGUGUAAACACCAUUCAGUAUUCUCUUGAAUCAUUGCCAGGUGUAGAAUACGCUCAUAUUAAUUUGCUUACUAACGAGGCGACUAUCAAACACGAUUUAAAUCUAGUCGGAAUACGCGAUCUUAUUAAAAAGGUUGAAGAUAUUGGAUAUGAGGCGGAUCUAUUCAAGAAGAAUCAAGCUAAUAAUGGAAAUUCAAUUCGACAUCGUGCAGAAAAAGAACAAAAUCUUUAUCGUAAUCGAUUCCUUUGUUCUUUGCUUUUCGCUAUUCCAACGUUAAUUAUUGAAAUGAUUUUUAAAAUGAUACUGUCACGUGAUAAUCUUAUCAAAGAAACUUUAAUGCAUCAAUUGAUUCCUGGACUUGAAAUUGGAACUUUAAUUUUAUUCAUUUUCGCAACUCCUGUUCAAUUUAUUCUUGGCUAUCCCUUUUAUAUAAAGGGAUUUCGUUCUAUUUGGUAUUCUCGUCAAGCAAAUAUGGAUACUUUGGUUGCAAUUGGGACAACUGUUGCAUACUUUAGUUCUAUUUUGAACGUUAUAAUUCCAAUAGUUCAUAGAGAUAACAAUCCAGGUCAUCAAUUUUUUGAGACUUCAAUAUUUCUUAUCACUUUUAUUUGGCUUGGAAGAUGGAUGGAAGCUAAAGUAAAAGGCAAAACUUUUGAAACUAUAACCAAACUUAUGGAAUUGCAACCAGAAAAGGCGACUAUUAUCUCAAUUGGAUAUGACGAUAAUGAUCAUGAAGACAUUCUUGAAAAGGAAAUUGAUUUAGAUCUUGUCCAAGUUGGAGAUAUACUCAAAGUGAAUCCUGGAGCAAGGAUUCCAUGUGAUGGCAAAAUUUUCAACGGUUUUACAUCCCUGGACGAAUCAAUGUUAACGGGCGAAUCUAUACCUGUGACGAAAUAUGUUGGUGACGAAGUGAUAAGUGCUACAGUUAAUUUAUCAUCAAUGAUUUGGAUAAAAGCAACACGCGUGG